AUGCCCUCCCCGGCAGUCCGGGCCCGAACGCUGCGGGCGUUUGUUCGCCAUGGCACCAGACCAACGUCCGUCUUCUCCAGAUCCUUCUCGGCUUCGAUCCGCCGCGCCAACAUCAACAAGGUUUUCCCCUCGGCCUCGGAAGCCCUCCGAGACAUGGAGCCCAACACGACGCUUCUGUGCGGUGGAUUCGGCCUCUGCGGCGUCCCCGACACCCUCAUCGACGAGGUCCUCGGCAAGCCCGACAUCAAGGGCUUGACGGCCGUGUCCAACAACGCCGGCACCGACAACUCGGGCCUCGGCAAGCUGCUCAAGACCAAGCAGGUCAAGAAGAUGGUUGCCAGCUACAUUGGCGAGAACAAGACGUUUGAAACCAUGUACUUGACGGGUCAGGUCGAGCUCGAACUCACCCCCCAGGGCACCCUCGCCGAGCGCUGCGCCGCCGGCGGAAAGGGCAUCCCGGCCUUUUACACGCCCGCCGCCUUUGGCACCGUCGUCCAGACGGGCGACCUGCCGCUCAAGAACAGCCCCGACGGCACGCCCGCCGAGUAUUCGUACCCCAAGGAUGUCAAGGUCUUCAACGGCAAGUCGUACCUGUUGGAGCACAGCAUCGCCGGCGACUACGCCUUUGUCAAGGCCUACAAGGCCGACAAGCUGGGCAACUGCCAGUUCCGUCUUGCCGCCCACAACUUCAACGGAGCCAUGGGCCGCAACGCCAAGAUGACCAUUGUCGAGGCCGAGCACAUUGUCGAGCCCGGCGAGAUCCCCCCCGAGGCCGUCCACCUGCCGGGCAUCUACGUCAAGCGCGUCAUCCAGAGCACGAGCGAAAAGCAGAUUGAAAAGUACACUUGGGCCAAGGACGACGACGGCGCCGAUGCCAAGGCCGCCCUGGGCACCGGCGACACGGCCGCCAAGCGCGAGCGCAUCGUACGCCGGGCGGCUAAGGAGUUCAAGAACGGCAUGUAUGCCAACCUCGGCAUCGGCAUGCCCAUGCUCGCACCGGGCUUUGUCGGCCCCGACGUCGAGGUCCAGCUGCAGUCGGAGAACGGCAUCCUCGGCCUGGGGCCGUACCCGAAAAAGGGCGACGAGGACGCCGACCUCAUCAACGCCGGCAAGGAGACGGUGACGCUCAAGCGUGGGGCGGCCGUCUUUGGUAGCGAGGAGAGCUUCGGCAUGAUCCGCAGCGGCCGCAUCGACCUCAGCAUCCUCGGCGCCAUGCAAGUCAAAGGCUUUGGCGGCGCCAUGGACCUGGUGAGCAACCCGUCGGCCACAAAGGUGGUGGUGACCAUGGAGCACACGGACAAGAAGGGCAACGCCAAGAUCGUCAAGCAGUGCGCAUUCCCGCUCACGGGACGUGCGUGCGUGUCGCGAAUCAUUACCGAGCUGUGCGUCUUCGACGUCGACUUUGUCCACGGGCUGACCCUGAUUGAGCUCGCCGACGGCGUGACGGUCGAGGAGGUCAAGAGCAAGACGGAGGCGCCGUUUACCGUGGCCAAGGAUCUGAAGCCUAUGCUGUGA